CUGGUCGGUCACAGUUUCUGGCGGACGUUUUAUGGUGUUACACAGCAAUACCGGUACGUGCCAUUUUUCGUUUGUCAAACUGAGCACAAUGCUAGCCAGCAGCUAACAAAAUGAGUUUGUUUUUGGCCAAGUUGUCGUGCAAAAAUGACAUAGACGAGGUAAUAAAAACUGUCGCUGAAAAGGUUUUAGUUCUUCGGUUUGGCAGAGAUGAAGAUUCGGUCUGCCUGCAGCUUGACGAGAUUCUGUCCAAAACCACCCACCACCUGAGUAACAUGGCGUCUAUCUACAUCGUGGAUGUGGACUCAGCUCCCGUCUACACGAGAUACUUCGACAUCAGCUACAUCCCAUCUACCGUCUUCUUCUUCAACGGACAACACAUGAAGGURGAUUAUGGGUCUCCAGAUCACACCAAGUUUGUGGGCAGUUUUAAGACCAAGCAGGACUUCCUGGAUCUGAUCGAGGUGAUCUACAGAGGAGCUAUGAGAGGGAAGAUGAUGGUCCAGAGUCCCAUCGACCCUCAGAACAUCCCCAAGUACGACCUGCUCUACCAUGGGAUCUAACCCCAUCAUAACCAUGGGAUCUAAACCCCAUCACGACCUGCUCAACCAUGGGAUCUAAACCC